CCCACGAAUCAAUUUAUUGUGGAUUUGACAUAUUCAGUAAAGGGAAACUCGCGUUCUCUUUAACAGGAAUUUCGUUUAUUCGCAGAACAGCUGUGGAAAAGAAUGGCGUCAAAAUGCUUCUGAGAUCGUAAUACACUUAUCUAACAGCGUUGGAGUCUCUCUUGGGUCUUAAAUUCCUAAUUUCCUGUAUCGGCUUUUAGUCAUGAAGAAUGCAACCUAUCAGAAGGCAUGUCUUAAUAUGUUAACUACCCGGAAUCAGGAAAAGUAAUGACUAUCCACAUUCUUGUCACAAAGCUGUUUGACCAUGUAUCGAUAUUGUAAUGAGAAUUUAGAAAAACAUCAUUCUUAGGGUUAAACAAAAGGUUAAAUGUCUCAAUUUACCCUUUCCAGGCGUUUCAGUCAUUUUAAUGGCGGGUGGCUUUAUUUUUUCUUUUGAAAGUACCACCACGGUCAAGCUCUAAUGAAUCGUUAAUUGAUCAAACAUGGCGGCUAACUUGUAGACUGAAUUUGUAACAGGGACAAAGAAAAUUCGCCAUCCUUCAGAUGAAGAUGUGAAGGAAGAGUAACUCCAUCGAUGGCACUCGACUUCUUCCAUGUCCUUUUUGUUUGUUGUCUGGUAUUCCGCGCAGGCAACGCUUAUGAUUUGUUCGACCGCGACUGUGUAACCGAGCAUAACAAAUUGAGAAGGCUGCAUGGUGCCCAGCCCCUCUCAUGGUCCGAGUCACUCGCCGAGGACGCACAGAAAUGGGCGGAGUAUCUUGCAAUAAACGACAGGAUCGAACACGAUGGGGACACUUUAGCCGAAAAGGACGAGGGAGAAAACAUAGCCUGGUUCGUACCACCUCAGCCAAAAUGUCAAGGGGCUUGGAAACCAAACUGUGUCACUUGCGGGGAGGUGGUACAAAAUUGGUAUGACGAGUCAGAAAACUACAAUUACCAGACUGGGGCUGCAAAGAAACCUGACUUGCCAGUGAAGCACUUUGCACAGGUCGUGUGGAAUGGCUCCAUGGAGAUUGGUGUUGGCAGCGCAAUCUCCAAGACUUAUGGUUUUAUUUCUGUGGCACGGUAUUCUCCAAAGGGAGGAGAAGGUGGACCGCAAGCUUUCAGGAAAAAUGUUUUCGCUAAAGGCAUAUUGCAUAUACCUACCGCACGAACAGGAGAUGCGACGCCGAUUUCUCCCUCUGAUCCGACCACAUCAGAAGAAGAUGGAAACCCAACAGCCAUAAGCGAAGGUUCACCUAUGGAUACUGACGAAGAAAUGACCAACCAAGAGUUGGAACAACAGCCUAUGGAAGAUAUCACAUGUGGAAUAGUCAAAAGAAGAGGCCCUACUGGUAACGAACCUGUUAAGCCUGGAGAAUUCCCUUGGCAAGUUGGCUUCAGAUAUCAGAACCGAUUAGGCAAGUCAAACGUGUUUUGUCGCGGCUCCUUAUUGGACAGGGAGUGGAUUUUGACAGCUGCACAUUGCUUUGUACUGCGGGUUAAUCCGAAAUUUAAGUUGAAAGUCAUCCUGGGCGAAUUCGAUAAUCAAAACAGGGAUGGUCAGGAGGUUGUAGCCGAAGCUUCUGAAGUGAUUAGACAUCCCCUUCACAGGAAGAACACUAAAGAUUACAACAUUGCGCUUGUCAAGUUAAAAACGCCGCUUAAGGAGUACAAUGACUUCAUGAGACCGAUAUGUUUGCCGGACGAAACAGUGUCAUUUUCAGGGGGAGAAAUUUGCACUGUAACCGGUUCCGGCCUUGGUUAUACGGCGGAAAACCUCGACAAGACACUUCGUGGAAUCGAUGUUCCUAUAUUGUCCCCCGAGGAGUGUAGAAGAAACGUUCAUUGGUUAACAGAUAGAAUGUUAUGCUCAGGGUAUACCGAGAGAAUUCUUGACACCUGUAAAGGCGAUAGCGGUGGACCCCUGGCUUGUUAUAAUAAAGGGAAGUUUUACCUGGGGGGAAUAGUCAGUCACGGCAAAAGAUGUUCAAGGGUUCGUUCGCCAAAUAUUUACACAAAUGUAAAAUAUCUUAAACCGUGGAUUGUUCAUGUAACUAAAACCUAUUAGCUGCCUUAACUCUGGUGCCAGUUAUACUGAAAUAUAACGGUUUAGUCUCUUCGUAGUCUUUGUGGCUUAUUUUGUUUUAUAGGCUGACACACCUUGCACUUAAAGAAAGUGCACUCUCGACAAGACACUUCGUGGAAGGGAUGUUCCUAUAUUGUCCUUCGAAGAGUGCAGAAGAAACGUUCAUUGGUUAACAGAUAGAAUGUUAUGCUCAGGAUAUACUGAGAGAAUUCCUGACACCCGUACAGGCGAUAGCGGUGGACCCCUUGCUUGAUAUACUAAGUGUAGAUGUAGAUAGGCUUUUUCACGUAAGCAUUAAAACUCGGAAUAGCGCUGAACUCUCCAGUACUCCCAGAGAACAGAAGAAUCCAUCCUUCUGACCAUUACACCCACUUUCAUUUGGCUCAGCUUAAGGCACGGUCAUUCGUUUUGUUACCUGAGAACCCCUUUACAAGCGACCGCUUUCGAACCAGUGAAGAAUGGUGCAGUUUAUUUUGGGGGCCCACUGGUGGUCGAGAUUGACUGACCCAAAAAUUAGAAUUGUUAACCUGUUUAAUUUAGAACGGCCUUACGCAGGAAAACAAGACUAGACUAAAAGCCCUAGGAUUCAGAUGCCAUUGAAUUUAUAAACACUGUAGGUGAAGACUAAACCGACCCCAUCACUAUCCUACUUAUCCCACUUUAUCUUUACAGUAUCAAAUUGUGGGAAUAUUAAAAAAAAAGAUAAAAUUGAUCUUUCCGUUUACCAUAAUUCACGAUCUUUGGUAUCUUCUAAAACGUCCAACACACUCAGCUGUGGCAAAUAUAAAUAUUUCUUUUAGAUGCCAUUUUAAAAUUUAUUUUUAGCUUUACACCUGUCUUGUGCAUUGCUUAACCACUUA